AUGGCUGGCUACAAGAGCGCGAGCGACGACAAGGUCCCAGACGACGAGUGGAUUCGCCCGACUACCUGGCCACCGAGGAAAAGUGUGCUCGAGAGAGGCCCAGAUGCCCCGCACGUCGUUCUCUCCACGAAGUUCCAAGAGCCAUGGAAGACAAUCUCGAUCGGAGUCAAGGAGAUCCUGGAAGAACUGGGCUGCACGGUGUACAAUCCCAAUACCGACAACAAGGCGCGCUGGGGGGCCCCAAUCAACGGGUUGAAAGCUGUAGAAAGCGAACUUUGGAAGGAGGAAGCCGACUCCCGCUGGCUCCUCACUUUCCAGGAGAACUUGGAUCGCAUCGAGCAGAGCAAACGGGGCUUCGUGCUCCAGAUCCAGCAGGGAGGCUUCACCGGGUGCGAGGAUAAGCUGGCCCUAGCAGUGCAGAAGGCCCGGGAGCAGUGGGAGCAAGGCGUCAAGGACGAGGUGCAGAUGGUCUCCGAGUGCUUCGAACCGAUCGGCGGAGACCGCGAGCUGCCCGUCAACGACCAGGGCGAAAUCCAUGGCCGGGCGCGAUGCACGUGGCCGAACGGUGAUGUGUACGAGGGAGACUACAAGGAUGGCAAGAGGAACGGCACGGGAACGCACACGUUGGCGAGCGGCGCGGUCUACGUCGGGGAGUGCAAGGACAAGAAGAGGAACGGCAAGGGAACGUACACGUACAAGAACGGCGCCGUGGAGGUGGGCUUCUACGAGGACAACAAGGAUCCGGACAAGGGCCGUGGUGUGAGGCUCAGCGCGGACGGCAAGAAGGCCUGGCUCCUCAUGGAUGGCGAAGUCGAGCGCGAGGUCUCCGUCGCCGAGGCUCGGAAGGUGGCCGAGGAGCUCGGGCUGCCGCCCCUUCCGUGA